AUGAAAAUUCACCCGCAAUACAAUACAAUGACAAUUACCACCGAUAUUGCGCUAAUAGGAUUAGCAGAAGAAAUUCAGUUUGGUGCAGGGAUUAAUAGAGUAGCUUUAGCUCGGCGUCGACCGCGCGCAGGUGUUGCUUUGAUCGCUGGAUGGGGUUUGCUCAGCGAAGAACCAUACCAAGAUACUGACUUAUUGCAUGAAACACAGCAAGAGAUUUGGCCAAACACCGAGUGCGUUAAACUCCUAAGGAAAUUGCCAGAAGGAACAUUUUGCAGUGGUGAAGGUCGUCACGGCGGGUACCCUUCUAUGGGUGAUUCUGGCAGUCCCCUCAUAGUUAAUGGAUACUUGCAAAUUGGCCUAGUCUCCUUUAAAAAAAUACACUUAUCUAGAUCCGUCAUUGUUUACACGGAUAUCGCAUACUAUUAUAAGUGGAUUGCUGAGAAUGCCAGAAAUGUGUUUUGUGGAUAAAAUG